AUGAAGCCGCGGUCUGGCACCACCUUUUUGAUGUUCACGACACUGGCGAAAGCUACCUGGUUGGUGAAUACCUCAUCAGCGGAUCGUGAGCUUGUCGCAAUUGCGCACACGACACGAAUCACCAGGUCUCCUGCGAUGAUUCGAGAAGACUCAACGCCGAACCCAACUGUUAAACCACCCCCAGAAUAUCUGACCAUUGCCAUCGUAAAUCGUCAGACUGUGCCCAUAAGCACAUCUCACGCCUCGAACAUCGGAGGUCCUAGCCCAGUCUGGGGUGACAACGGACCUGGGACUAUCGCAAGCGGUGUGGCGGCCGCUGUCGUCGUGCCAACUGGCUGGGCAGGCAACGUUGCGAUUUUCAACGCCGGAACGAACGGGUCCAGCCCGGCUCCAUUGACCAACAGCUCUUUGAUAGAGGCGUCAUUUGUAGUUCCAGAGGGAUACGGUACAGCUGUGGCGGAUGUCGAUGUGUCAUUUGUCAACGGUUUCAGUAGUCCUAUCACAUGUGCUUGCUCUGGCGUAGUCGUCACUGGCUGCAGCCAUGACCUCUGGGACCUUGCCGCCUGUCCCGAUGACGACAACAACAAUGGGGCGUGUGCCAACCCCCUUCGGCCUUAUCUGAAUGCAACUACCGCGACGCAUUUCUUUGCCCCAUGCCAAGGGGCUGCUUAUACGUUCCCGCAUGACGAUGGCGCUAACAGCUUUGCCGAGUGCCAGAGCGGUGAAAUUACCUGCUGUGUUGGCAAGGACUGCCCGUCGAAUUCGAAACAGAUUCACGAUCCGCAAGGCCGCCGGCUGCUCAGAAGGGUCAACGGGUAG